AUGUAUGCCUUUUGUAGUGGGUUGAAGGCUCUGGCUCUUGAAGGUCAAACUAAAACUAGGCCAAGAGUAACCGAUACCGAAGACUUGCCAGCUCCACUGGUUCGUAUGGACGGAGAUGAGUUUGUGUUAGCUGAUGAUUUGCUGUUACUCUUACAGAGGGCUGCCGUUGAGCCAUUUCUUCCAGAAGUUGAUAACGGUUCUCAAACCCCUACAAGGGAUGGGAUUGAUAGAGAUGCAGUUGAUAACGAAGCCACAGAGCGUGAUGAGAGGCGUGAUGAGAGGCGUUUAGCCGAGUUGGGUAGACUGGCCGUAGAGAGAUUUGUUCUUGGACAUAUCUUCACACACAAAAUUGAACGUAUGUACGACUGGGCUGUUGCAUAUACAAAUCAAGAAAACCUAAUUCGUGAAGAAGAGGAAGCCUUGCUAGCACAAAAGGAGAAGAAAUCUAAGAAGAAAAAGAAAAAGAACAAAGGAAAGGCAAAAAAGAAAGAAGACAAGGCGAGGACCCAAGCACAAGAAAGGCCUAUUGAGAAAGAGGAAUUUGACCCUAAGAAUCAAUGCCCUUCUUUAGAGCAGCCAAAACCGGAGACAACAGAUGUUGUUCCAUAA